AGUGUUGGGAUUUUUCUUGACACUAGGCCAAGAUUCAGCCCGUCGAAAUUUCAAGUCCUCCACACUGUCAACAUGAGUAAAAUUCUCGCAGUACUUGGCGCAACCGGAAACCAGGGAGGUUCCGUUGCCAAUUAUGUCGUCACCGACCCUGUGUUGUCAAAAGAAUACUCUAUUCGCGCCAUUACACGUGACACGACAAAAACAGAGGCCCAGAAGCUAGCUGACAAGGGUAUCGAGGUCGUCAAGGCGGACAUUGAUGAGGUCGACUCUCUGAAAAAAGCCCUAGCCGGUGCUCAUACCGUUUUUGCCGUAACCACGACUAUAUACGAUGAGCAAACCAAGGAACGUGAGGUACGACAAGGCAAAACAAUUGCUGAUGUGGCAGUCGAGGUGGGUGCCAAAUACUUGAUAUUCAGCACUCUAUCGUCUCCUACACUUGUCUCGGGCGGAAAGUAUACCAACGUAGUGCAUUUCGACUCCAAGUAUGAGGCAGAACAGUACAUUCGCACCUUGCCGAUCAAAAGUGCCUUCUUUGCACCUGGAACGUUCAUGCAGAACUUUACAACACAUAUGUCACCUCGUCCAGCGGGCGAUGGAACCUAUACCUGGCCCGGCGUUGUCAAGUCCGAUACCGAUUGGGCCAUGAUUGAUAUUGAAGAUACUGGCAAAUAUGUCGCUGCAAUCCUUGCUGAGCCCGAAAAGUUCGAAGGAAAGGUGCUCUCUGCGGCAACUAAAAUCUACAAGACAGAAGAGCUGGCGCAAAUUAUCGGUCAUGUUACAGGAAAACCGGUCAAAUAUGUCCAGGUUCCUGUUGAUGCGUACAAAAAGCACCUCCCCCCAGCUGCAGCAGAUCCUUUGGUCGAAAUGCUAUUGUAUAUCCAAGACUUUGGAUAUUAUGGCCCUGGAACAAAGGAGAAGAUAGAUUGGACAGCAAAGAUUGCAAGAGGAAAGUUGACCACGUUUGAGGAGCAUGUCGCGAAAAAUACCCCCGUAGGGAUGCAAUAGAUAGUCGCUCGGAUAGAUGAAAGGUCUCUGGAAGAAAGCACAUCAAUUUUCAAUUGUUUUUUGUAAAAGGACCCUAGAUAAUCAGUCUUAUUUCAAUACAAGAUUAUUCUUGUGGUGGGCAAGAUUGGCGAAAGACAAAAAUGCCUUCCUAAAGA